GUUGAUAAACGUGGGAAAGCGGGGAUAUAAAAGGGACCGGUGAAGGGCCAGAGCAACAUCGAGACCUCAGGGGAACCACCACCACCAUCACUUAACAUCACCAAGGCUAUCCCACACAUUAUAUCCAAGAUGGGCAGGAUUGUCUUCUACGAGGACAAGAACUUCCAGGGCCGUCGCUAUGAGUGCGACAGCGACUGCUCGGACUUCCACGCCUACCUGAGCCGCUGCAACUCCAUCCGGGUGGAGAGUGGAGCCUGGGUGGUGUACGAACGGCCCAACUACAUGGGCUACCAGUAUGUCCUGACCAGGGGGGAGUACCCAGAGUACCAGCGCUGGAUGGGCCUCAACGAACGCCUCAGCUCCUGCAAGAUGGUCCACUUUACCAGCGGGACCCAGUACAAGAUGCAGCUCUAUGAGAAGGCCGACUUUGGGGGCCAGGCCUUCGAGGCCACCGAGGACUGCCCCUCUCUCCUGGAGAAGUUCCGCUGGAGGGAGGUCAACUCCUGUAAGAUCUUCGACGGCUGGUGGGUUUUCUACGAGCACCCCAACUACCGCGGGCGCCAGUACUUCCUGGAGAAGGGGGAAUACCGCAAGCCUGGCGACUGGGGUGCCCUCAGUCCUGCGGUCCAGUCCUUCAGGCGCUUCACUGAAUGAUUUCACCUCCCCAAUAAGUCGACAUUUGACUCUGAUUUUAAUUGACUAUUUUGUGAUUUGAAACUGAGGUCUCACAUUAAAAACCUGUCCAGAAAGCAAA